AUGAGCACCACGGUGGCUCUUCGCAGCAAGGGCAACGCCUUCUACGCCAGUGCUUUCACCGACGGCAUCAACCCGCUCCUGAAGCGCAGCCGCCUCAACAUCGCCAUCUCCAAGUAUCGAGAGGCGCUGCGCCGCCACGUGGCAGAAUCUCAGCCGUCCGCGGAUGAGCUGUCUUCGUUGUGGAAGAACGUAGCUAUGGUUUCAUCUGCCCUGGCAGCUUGCCAUGCAGAUGCUUAUAAGGCGUACAAGCCCCCUGUGAUAGACGCUGCUGCAUCGGAACGGGUCAUGGUGAGAGCCAUGCGCCGAGCCAUGGAGGAAAGGGAGUGGGACUAUAAGCAAAUCGAGGAGCACUAUAAGGAGGCUGUCAAGGCGUUCUGCCUGGCCCUUCUUUUUGGCAGUUGCGAGGCACGGAAUAGGGCGGCAAAGGGUGGCAGCAACCGUCCAGCUCGCAGCACUCCAGCCAAACCGGAGGAGUGGCAGCAGAUGGUUCUGGGAUCUUUCACCGAUGUGAUCUCCCAAAUCACGGCGUUUGCCCGCGUUGCUAGUAGCAGCACGGGGGGCAGGGCAGGGGGCAUUUGCACAUCUGCAGCAGGUGCCGGUGUGCGGGACAAUGGAGAGCGGUUGCUGUGGGUGGUAAUGGGUGCGUUUGGUGAGAUGCGCGCACGGGACAGCUGGAAGCAGCACUUUGGUGAUAAGGACGCUAACAAAGUUGAUUGGACAGCAACCUCCACACGCCACGUGGAGGCCUUUGCAGCCUUCCACGUGGCAUUCUCUCAGUUCCUCCUGCACAAGGGCCAAUCACUGCUCACCAUCAACCUCGCGCGCUGCUCGCACUCCCCCCAGCCAACCACUGCGGCCGGGAUCACGGCGGGGGUUAACGGUAUCAAUCUGGGAGCUGGGGGGAAGAAGCCGACGCAGCUGGAGGUGCAGAGGGAGAGUGCGCGGUGCUUUGCCGAGUGUGAGCGCCCGCUGCGGCUGCUGGAUGAUGCUCUGCUCACGCUUGAGAGAAACGUGGCGGGAAGGUCGUGUGGUAACCAGUCGGUAACACAAGCCACCCUCACUGCCCUGCGCGAUCAAGCCAAGGACCUGCAGGCCACCCACUUCACCGGCAGCUGUCUGUGUGAUUCAGUUGAAACACUUGUCCGCACAAUGGCCCUCUUUGCACGAGCAACAGCAGCAGAAAAAACAGAUGGGGGCAGCACGGAUGGCGGUAGUCCGGGCGGCAGUGCUGCUGACGUGGCGCUGCUGUGGGCGGCAGUGGAUGGGUUUAAGGAGGCGGUAGUGCUGACGAGGGAGCGCCACGUGGACAUGGAAGCGUAUGCGCUGAGCUGGCUGGGGCAUGUGUAUGACGUGGCACUGCAGAUGGACGACAUUGGCCAUCGCUACCACCAGCGCGCUGUGCAGCUGGUGCUCUCGGCCGUGCAAUCCCACCCCAAGCUCGCUCUUUCCACCUGGUACUGUGCCUCGGUAAAAGCCAUUGACCGCCACCAGGCCAAGGUGAGGCGGCAGGAGGAGCAGCAGCGCGAGCAGGAGCGCGGACCUCUGCUGGCAAAGAUGAAACCGGAGCUUGAAACCCUCUCCAAGAUGAGUGAGAGCGGGUGGAAGCAGCUUCUGACUCACAUCUACAGCAAGUACCCGCCUAAGAGCGGUAACGGGAAUUUGACGUGUCCUUCGUUGAACGCGGAUGAUGCAAAGGCGUCGCUGCGAACAGCCAUUCUGCAUUACCAUCCGGAUAAGAACGGUGAGCAUGGCGACAGGUGGAAGAUCCUGUGUGAGGAGAUCACCAAGUGUCUCAACGCCAAGUAUCUCAGCUUCAAGUAG